CAAGAAAUUGGAUGUAUAUGGCUGGAAGGAAUAGAUUCUCCACAGUUUGUCAAGCAGUAGAACUGACCGGAUCAAAUCAGAGCCGAAAGCUCCAAGCUUUCCCGUUUUCAAGCCAGGAAGUAUGAGGAGAAUCAGUCAAUCCACCCCCUAUUUCACUUGGUAGAUGCUGCAGGAAGGAUCAACAGCUUAUGAAAAGCCAUUCACAGAAGAUAUGAUCAUGAUAGACGGGGGUGGCGGCGCGGCGCGGUGGCCGGGGAAGCAUGGUCGCCGGCUUGAUCGCCGGCGAUCGCUAGCUUGGACUUGAACUUGGAGGAGGAAGUAACCGAGCCGUCAUAUUAUUAUUUAUUAUUAUUCAGAGGGGUCUUUGUGCAAAAAGGAAAGAAAAACAAAAGAUGCUGGCUGCGAUAGCGACCCGAGUGAGGGGUUUUUGUGAAAAAACAUAUACUAAGGAGGGGAUAGAUAAAUCGCAGCCGUUGGAUUUAGCAUCAAGAUUCGGUCUCACUCUCGUCUUCCUCGGUGUCUCCGCCCCGCCGUCUCCGAUCUCCCGCCCUCCCGCCUCCGCCGCCGCCGGCGACUGCUCCCGCUCCCCGUCGUUGCUUCCGUUCCGCAGAUCGGUCUCCUUCCAUGGCGGCGGCGGAGGAGGGGCAGUGGGUGCUCAUGGCCACCGGCCGAUCUCCCACCAACAUCGCCGUCAUCAAGUACUGGGGGAAGAGGGACGAGGCGCUCAUCCUCCCCGUCAACGACAGCAUCAGCGUCACCCUCGACCCCGACCACCUCUCCGCCACCACCACCGUCGCCGUCAGCCCUUCCUUCCCCUCCGACCGCAUGUGGCUCAACGGCAAGGAGAUCUCCUUGUCAGGAGGGAGGUUUCAGAGCUGCCUGAGGGAGAUCCGGAAGCGUGCUCAAGAUGUCGAGGAUGAGAAGAAGGGGAUCAGGAUCAAGAAAGAGGACUGGGGGAAGCUACAUGUACACAUAGCAUCGUUCAACAACUUCCCCACUGCUGCUGGUUUGGCCUCUUCGGCUGCUGGCUUGGCUUGUUUUGUUUUCACCCUUGGAAAGCUAAUGAAUGUGAAAGAAGAUCAUGGUGAACUUUCUUCCAUAGCAAGGCAAGGGUCUGGAAGUGCAUGCCGCAGUAUAUAUGGGGGAUUCGUGAAAUGGUGUAUGGGAAAAAAUAAUGAUGGAAGCGACAGCAUAGCUGUACAACUUGCUGAUGAGGCACACUGGAAUGAUCUUGUUAUUAUCAUAGCGGUGGUCAGUUCAAAGCAGAAGGAAACAAGUAGCACUAGUGGGAUGCGAGACAGUGUUGAAACAAGUCCCCUUUUGCAAUAUAGGGCCCAGACUGUAGUUCCAGAACGGGUGUUGAAAAUGGAAGAGGCUAUCAAGUCUCGUAAUUUUGAGUCCUUUGCCAGGUUAACUUGUGCAGAUAGCAACCAAUUUCAUGCUGUAUGUUUGGACACGAGCCCUCCCAUCUUCUAUAUGAACGAUACAUCACACAGGAUAAUUAGCCUUGUGGAGAAGUGGAACCAGUCAGAAGGAACCCCACAGGUUGCUUACACCUUCGAUGCUGGGCCCAAUGCUGUCCUAAUCGCACCAAACCGCAAAAAUGCAACCAUUCUCCUUCAGAAGCUCUUGUAUUAUUUCCCUCCUCAAGAUAAUGAUCUCAGCAGCUAUAUGGUUGGCGACAAGUCGAUUCUAAGCGAUGCUGGACUGAAAUCGAUAGAAGAUGUGGAGGCCCUCCCAGCUCCUGCCGAGACGAAGAUGCCGAGCCAAAAAUUCAAGGGAGAUGUGAGCUACUUCAUCUGUAGCAGGCUUGGAGCUGGCCCAAAAGUUGUCACUGACGAAAGCCUAGCAUUGAUCGAUUCGGUCACGGGGCUCCCCAAGGGAGUGUAGCUGAAACUAUGUCAUUCGGAGAGUUUGUACUGAGAGCGCAAAGCGAAUUCAACUUUUGUAGGGUCAUAAACUCGGCUUUGAUGAUGUAAUAUUUUUCUCCCGUUGACACUGGCUGUUAUUGCUGCUCCAAGGACAAUACUGGUAAUAAAAAAAUGAUGAAAUAAAUUGAUCAAGUCCUGUUGUUAUA